GAUUGAGGAAUUUCCGACACGGUUUGAUUUUGUAAGCUCAAUCAUAGUAGUUGCACCAUCAUGAGUUAUAGUCAAUGGCGAUGAUUGCGCCAACUGCUCAGUCUUUCCUUGUUAACCAUGGCGAGCACACUGGACACUCAGGAAUUUUGGAGGGAGUUCAUCCAACUAUACAGAGAUUUUCCUGCUUUGUGGAAAGUAAAAAGUGACGAGUACAAGAACAGAAGCUUAAAAAGUGAAUGCUACGUGAAAUUAAUUGACAAAAUCAGAGAAAUUGACCUAAAUGCCACUCGUGCCACAGUAACCAAGAAAAUAAAUAGUUUACGUUCCAACUAUCGUCGAGAACUGAAGAAGGUGAUGAACAGUGUGAAGUCCGGUGCUGGGUCAGAUGAUGUUUACAAGCCUUCACUGUGGUACUUCGAUGAGCUCGCAUUCCUUCGCGACCAAGAAUUGCAGCAAGAAGGAGUGUCAAGUCUGGAUGAUGGGGAACAAGAUGGUAAUGAGGGAUCAAUAGAUCAUACUGAGCCGUCCACAUCUGCCACAGAGUCACAGGAGGUAUAUUCUCAUACCUCAAAGAGGACAAAGAAAUGUGACAUGGAAAGUAAACGUUACGAAGCACUUUCCCUUGCUUGUGCACAUCUUCAACAGAGUAACGACUCCAUUGAUACACUAGCAAGGAGCUGGGCUCAAGAAUUCCGGAAUGUGACUGCAGAACAGCAAAUAUACGCAAGGAAGGCUAUUAAUGAUAUUCUCUUUGAGGCUCGUUUAGGCACAUUGCACAGACAUAGCGUGAAAAUUAAUGAAAAUGCUGAUGUUCACACUAGAUCUUCCACGCCUUUUUGUGAUCUUUCAUCCGAGACCAAUUCAAAUACCAGUGGACUUAGCACUACUCAGGGGAAUAUUGCCACUAAUGCAGAUGUGGAAGGAGUGCGUGUUUACAGAACGGUGGCAGACCUUCUUAGUGAUCCCCAUGACAGCUUAUAAAAUAACAUACAUUAUGGCACAUUGGUGGUGGAAAUAAGUAUGUAGGCUUAUUGUUUAUUUUUCGUAAGCAAUCAAUCAAGUUCAUUUUCACAGUAGGUAAUUAACUUACGUAACAGGUCAAAGUUAGUAUACAUA